AUGGAAAUAGAAUAUCUGAAAUGUUUCGAUGAUAUGCGAACUCGAGGACGCUAUUGUGUGCUUGCCUCAGAACAUUUUAUGCUGAAGGACGCCUACCUCAUUGCUUUGGAAAAGAACGAGGAACCUCCAGGUAAUCAGCGUGUGCUUAUUGCACACAUGCUUCGUACAUUUAAUAUCUGA